AUGCUAACGAAGGGAGUGCGUCUUUUCCACGAUAACGCUCGACCUCACGUGGCACGCAACACAAAAGCACUUUUGGAUAAGUUUGGUUGGGACAUUCUCCCGCACCCCCCCCCCUACAGCCCAGACCUUGCCCCAUCAGACUAUCACUUGUUCACCAACCUAAAGAAGCAUUUGGGAGGGAAAAGGCUGAAUUCAGACGAAGAAGUGAAGACUGUAGUGAUGGAGUAUUUGGAAAAAGAGGUGGACGGAGAGUUCUAUGACGCUGGCAUACAAAAGCUUCCAGAUCGACUACAAAAAUGUCUCGAUAUGAACGGUGAUUAUGUCGAAAAAUAG